AUGGCUGACCGCGGUGGCGAGAGGGGCGGCUUCGGCCGUGGCUUUGGUGGCAGGGGCCGUGGCGACCGCGGUGGUCGCGGCGACCGCGGUGGUCGUGGCGACCGCGGGCGCGGCAGGGGCCGCGGGCGCGGCAAGCCCGAUGAGGAGAAGUGGGUGCCUUGCACCAAGCUGGGCCGUCUGGUGCAGCAGGGCAAGAUCAAGAGCCUGGAGACUAUCUACCUGUUCUCCAUGCCCGUCAAGGAGUACCAGAUCGUUGAGUACUUCCUGGGCCCCGCCCUCAAGGAUGAGGUCAUGAAGAUCAUGCCCGUGCAGAAGCAGACGCGCGCCGGCCAGCGCACGCGCUUCAAGGCGUUUGUGGUGGUGGGCGACUACAACGGCCACGUGGGUCUCGGCGUCAAGUGCGCCAAGGAGGUGGCCACCGCUAUCCGCGGCGCCAUCAUCCAGGCCAAGAUGGCGGUCGUCCCCGUGCGCCGCGGCUACUGGGGUAACAAGAUCGGCAAGGUGCACACCGUGCCCAUCAAGUCGACCGGCAAGUGCGGCUCCGUCACCAUCCGCCUCAUCCCCGCACCCCGCGGUGCCGGCAUCGUCGCCGCGCGCACGCCCAAGAAGGUGCUGCAGAUGGCCGGCAUCGAGGACUGCUACACCUGCUCGCGCGGCAGCCGCAAGACGCUGGGCAACUUUGUGCGCGCCACGUACUACGCCCUGGCCUCCACCUACGGCUUCCUGUCGCCCGACCUGUGGACCGAGACCAAGUACACCAAGGCCCCCCUGCAGGAGUUCACCGACUUUCUGGCCAAGCCUUUCCUGGGCGACGCCCCGAAGGCGGCUGACUACGCCGCUUACUAA